GCCAGGCGCGCGGACACCCAUUAUUCUCCUGCACCUCAUCGAGCCAAGGUUUCCAGACAACCGGUUGACGGCUCCGACCAGAGCGAGAGGCCGCUCGGCCAAAGGUCCCUUCUCCCCACCCCCCUGUCUACGGCGGCUGGCUGGUCCAAAAGUAGAUGGAGAGCGACCGCUGGCGGCAGCCGCACUGCGCCUGCUCCAGACAGCUCGGGGUCAGCAGCGCUUUCUGCGCCUGCGCGCUCGGCUGCUAGUUGGGGGGAAUUGGGGAGGUGACUGUACAAAAUGUCUUCCCCUCAUUUUUUUUUUCCAGGACAUGUAGUUUGAUUUUAAACAGCACAACAUUUGUUUUUAGCUUCACACAAAUUCUAAAACCUGCUCCUGUGUUCAACAUCUGAUAUUAGAAGAGGAGGAUUUACAGACACAAAUCUCGACAAACAUCACAUCAAGAUCUGACAGAGUCACGUGAUUAUUCGGGACCUGAAUGUCAUCGGCAUUUGAAACUUGAAGGAGAAAUGUUUGUCUGUUCUGUCUCCUUCAAAUAGUUUAAACACCAGAGCGACUGGAAAGUACCAAAACACACACACCAGAGUGAGAGCAUCCCAGUGCACUGACUGUGGAAAGAGCUUUAACUAGUUACACAGCCUGAAAAAGAUUGAAAGUUUCACAGUGGGCAGAGUCUGUACAUGUGUUCUUUGUGAGGAUGACGCUUCAACUGAUUGGCGAACCUAGAGAUGCACAAGGACGCUCGCACCAUGGAGAAACCAUGGAAAUGUGAGGACUGUGCAAAGGCCUUCACUUGCCCAUCGAAGCUGGAAACUCAUCGACGCAGUCACACCGGGGAGAGGCCAUUCACCUGCUCUGAAUGUGGGAAGGGAUUCAGUGAUUCAUCCACCCUACGGAAUCACCAGCGAGUUCACACCAGGGAGAGGCCAUUCUCCUGCUCUGAAUGUGGGAAAGGAUUCAGUGAUUCACCUGCGCUGCUGGUACACCAGAGGGUUCACACUGGGGAGAGACCGUUCACCUGUUCCAUGUGUGGAAAGGGAUUCACACGGUUAUCCGCCCUGCGGAAUCACCAGCGAUUUCACACUGGUGAGGGGUUGUUCACCUGCUCUGAAUGUGGGAAGGGAUUCACUCACUCAUCCCUCCUGCUGACACACCAACAUACUCACACUGAGGAGAGGCCAUUCACCUGCUCUGAGUGUGGGAAGGGAUUCAGUCAGUUAUCCAGCCUGGUGAGACACCGACGCAUUCAUACCGGGGAGAGGCCAUUUACCUGCAUUGUGUGUGGGAAGGGAUUCAGUCAGUCAUCCAGUCUCCUGGGACACCAGGGCACUCACAGCAAUAAGAAACCUGUUCAAUGCUCUGACUGUGGGAGCUGCUUUAAAAACUCAGCCUACCUGAUGGUCCACCAGCGCAUUCACACUGAGGAGAGACCAUUCAGCUGCUCUCGCUGUGCAAAGAGGUUUAGAACAUCAUCCGACUUAUUGAGACAUCAGCGAGUUCACACUGGGGAGAAGCCAUUCACCUGCUCUGAGUGUGGGAAAGGAUUUACUCAGUCAUCCCACCUGCAGACACACGAGCGAGUUCACAGUGGAGAGAGACCAUUCACCUGCUCAGUUUGUGGGAAGGGAUUCACUUGUUCAUCCAAGCUGCUGAGACACCAUGGCAGUCACACCAAUUUGGAUACUGAUGAAGGUUUAGAUCUUCUGUUCGGGGUCAUUGGUGAGAUUUACAAGAAAGACGAUCUCUUGGAUGCCUAUGAAACAUGGUCAGAAUUUGACAGGUCUCAAAUGGGGGUGAAAGCAUCGUUAGCACAUCUAGAUAUCACAACAAAAUUAAAAAUCCAGCUAAAAGAUGCAGGGGUGGUUGAUGAAGAGUAUACGAGGUUCAUUGAAGAGAUCAGUGCAAAGUGUGAAAUCUGUAAAAAGUAUCGGAGGACACCAUCACAUCCUAUUGUUAUCCUUCCCUUGGCACGUGACUUUAAUGAGGUAGUUGCCAUGGAUCUAAAAGGUGAUUAUAGACCAAGUCAUGGGAAAUGGAUGGGGACUGGACCUGGGGCACCAACUAAUAAUGGAGGGGAAUUUGUGAAUGACAAGUUUAGAAAUGUGUGUGAAAACAUGAACAUUAUGGUCAUGAACAUCACAGCUGAAAGUCCUUUCAGCAAUGGACUCUGUGGAAGGAAUCAGGUGGUGAUCGAUGAAAUGCUGCACAAAAUUUUAGCUAAUCAGCCAAACUGCAAGUUUACAACUGCACUGGCACGGACGAUUCAUGUGAGUAAACAGGUAUCCAAGGAUGCUGAGGGAAGUCAUGUGAUUCAUCAGGACGUGAAGGGCAUUGGCAAUAUGGAAGGGGAGAGCAGCAUAUACCAUGUAGACAAACCUUACACAUGUUCUGUGUGUGGACGUGGAUUCAACCGAGCGUAUGACCUGGGGAGGCACAAAUGUAUCCAAAAUAAGGAGAAGCCAUGUAAAUGUGGGGACUGCGGGAAGGUGUUCAGUUACCCCUCUGAGCUGGAAACUCAUCGACGCAUUCACACUGGGGAGAGGCCGUUUACCUGCUCUGUGUGUGGGAAGGGAUUCGUUCGAUCUUGCAAUCUGCGGUCACACCAGCAAGUUCACAGUGGAGAGAGACUGUUCAUCUGCACUAUGUGUGGGAAGGGAUUCACUCGAUUUUCCCACCUGCUGAGACACCAUAAAGUUCACACUGGGGAGAGACCCUUCACUUGCUCUGUGUGUGGGAGGGGAUUUUCUGAUUCAUCUGACCUGCUGAAACACCAGCGAGUUCACACAGGGGAGAGACCAUUCACCUGCCCCACGUGUGGGGAGAGAUUCACUCAAAUCUCUCACCUACUGAGACACCAGCGAACUCAUACCAGGGAGAGGCCCUUCAGCUGCUCCAUUUGUGAGAAAAGAUUCACUCAAGCGUCCAACCUGCUGCGACACCAGCGAGUUCACACUGGGGAGAGGCCGUUCAUCUGCUCUCUGUGUGAAAAGGGAUUUGCUGAGUCCUCAACCCUGCUGAGACACCAGCGAGUGCACACGGGAAGAGAUCAUUCACCUGCCCCAUGUAUGGGAAGGGAAUCACUCGAUCAUCCAACCUGGUGAGACACCAAUGAGUUCACACGUGGGUGCACUGCUCUGAUUAUGCUGCUGUUUAUCAGAUUCAGGAGUGAAUCUUGUUAAUUAUGAUAUUGGGGAAGUGUUAUUGAUGUUGCCCCUAAUGACAGUAACUGGGCUGGUGUUGACAGACUUUGCAUUUCUAUAACGCCUCUCACAAUCUCAGGAUGUCUUUGUGCACAGUAAGCCUCCACAAACAGCAAUGUGAUAAUGAGCAGAGACGAUCUAUUUUUAGUGAAAUUGGUUGAGGGUGAACUAUUGGCCUUACUGGGUAGAACCCCCUGCGCUCCUUCAAAUUAAUGGCCGUGGGGUCUUUUACAUCUUCCUGAGAGGGCAGACAGGGCCCUCGGUUUAACAUCCUUAUAUCUCCUUAUGUGGGUCAGGGUCAUUGCUCCUAUGAAGUCCUUUUGGGAUGUUUCUCACUGCAUGAAAGGAGCUUUAUGAAUGUGACAUCACAGACAUAGAUGCACUGGAGCAGAUGAUGCUUGUGUGUGUGUCUGCGCUCACUCAGAAACUGAGCUGCAGGUCAUUUAGUCUUCUCCAAAAUAGGUCAGAAAAUGGGCCUUUAACUUAACACUCGGAAAACUGUUACAAGCGGCUCCCACAGCAGAGUACCUCCCUCCCGCUAUUAGGAUCAACGGAGAAAUCGUGGAAAGUGUGGACCAUUUUCCAUUUCUUGGGAGCCAUCUCUUGGCAAAGAUGGGCAAAGACAAUGUGCCCACUCAGCCAUCGCCCGACUGAGGGAAAGAGCAUUUGAGGACCAGGAUCACAAAUCUGAGACUAAGGUCAUGGUUUACAGUGAUCCCUGCACUGCCAUACGCAUCAGAGACUUGGACAACCUAGAACAAGCACCUCAAGACUCUGGAGAUGUACCACCAGCAGUGCCAGUGCAAGAUCCUCCAAAUCCAGUGGUGGGGAAGGUGGUCCAACAGCAGCGUUCUCUCCUAGGUCAACCUGCCCAGCAUCAAGGCACUAAUCACUCUAAACCAGCUCCGCUGUGCAGGACGUGUCGUUCGUAUGCCUGAUACCAGACUCCCAAAGCAACUGCUCUAUUCAGAACUUUGCCACAGCAGGAGACACUUGGGAGGAUGGCGAAAACACUUAGAGAUGUCCUCAAAGCAUCCCUGGAGAGAUCAAACAUUCUUGCAGUCUCAUGGGAGACCCUGGCUUAUGACUGACCAAAAUGGAGGAAACUCAUUGGGGAAGGCACUGAACAUAUUGGGAACAUGUGGAGACGAAGUCAAGGCAUUGGAGGGAGCGCACAAACUGCCAGACGCCCCCCCAUCCAACAUUUCAAGCACCACCUACCCCACAUCUGGCAGAGUCUCACGAUUGCACUUUGGGUUUAUCACCCAUCUCUGAACUCAUUGAACGGAGUUCCCAAGGGACUACAUAAGAAGAGGAGAGGGUAAAGCUGACCCAGCUGCUGCUGAGAGUAUGAAUACAUGGGAACUGCCACAGAGCCUAGAGCAAAGAGCAAGAGGUAAAACAAAAACCAGGAUGAAUUAAUCUGCUUGUAAAAUGCCUAAUGGCAUAUGUGGGAAUCUGUCCAACUUCUGUAAAAUAAUAAUACAGGGAGUGGGGAGGGAGCACUGUCAGGCUGACCUUGACCAAAGGGUGAUAUGCUGUGUAUCAUUCCCAUCUCCCAGUGUUAUUAAAACCCGACUUCAAUGCAGCAACAAGUAAACUGAAUAAUCAGGGAAAUGUUUCUUUAAGUGACCCCAGUGGAAGGAGCAAUAAUUUUUGCAACACCCUGUAAAAUUAAUUUGAACCCUUCCCCGAUUGUGCUAUCUAACCUACCUGCACGGACCAUGGCCCCAGCUCAGAUGAGGCGCAGCCCAUCCGUCUACAAUUGUUAGACUUCAUUGCACCCUUUCCCAGGGCUGUGGAUUCACUCUAGAAUCUAUCCCCCACCCCCUCCACAAGUGUCCACACCCUCAGUGUCACCUGAAAGCUGCUCUGACAGUGGUGCCUCAUUACCUACUACCGCUCCUGGAGGAUCCCACCCUGCCUCCGCUUACCCUGGCCUCCCGCUUACUAUUUCCAGUGAUCUCUCCUUCCCUGUGGGUGGGGGUAGCUACUGUCCCCUGGAGCAUGUGCUCCAGGAAAUCCUCAGCCUCCCUUCCCAUAGUGGGUAAGAACAUGGCAGCUAGAAUAUAAUGUGGGAGUGUGAGGUUAUCCACUUUGGUAGGAGGAACGUGCAGAGUAUUUCUGAAAUGGUGAGAGAUUGGGAAGUGCUGAUGGCCAAAGGG